AUGCGCACAGACUAUACGUCCCGCCUCAAGGAUCACGGAGGCCUGAUCGCGCUGGCGAUUAUUCUGGUCUUCAACAUCCUCGUGACGCCGAACUUCCUCCACACACAGACGCUCGCGGUCAACAUUUCCCAGGUCGCUACAAUCGCGAUUGUCGCCAUGGGCAUGACGCUGGUGAUUGCGACGGGCGGGAUCGACCUGUCGGUCGGUGCGGUCAUGGCCCUUUCAGGUGCCCUGGCACCUUUGAUCUUUCUGUCCGAUUUCGGACAGGCCUAUCCGGUCCUCGGACUGAUUGCAGCACUGUUGUUCCCGCUGUUGGCUGCGCUGGUGUGCGGCAUGUUCAACGGCAUCAUCGUGUCGGUCCUAAAGGUGCAGCCGAUCAUCGCGACGCUUAUUCUGUUCAUUUCGGGCAGAGGCAUCGCGCAGGUUCUCACCAACGGAAACCUACAGACGUUCUCCAAUCCCGAAUUCAGCUAUCUGGGCACCGGCAAGAUCCUCGGAUUUCCCUUCCAGGGAUGGCUGGCGCUGGCGAUCGCCUGCCUGCUGUUCUGGGUGGUGAAUCGGACGAUCUUCGGCCGUUACCUACUUGCAAUCGGCGGCAACGAACGGGCUGCAAGGCUUGCCGGCGGCCCUGUUCGCGGCGUCAAGAUCGGCGCCUAUGUCAUCUGUUCCGUUCUGUCCGGCCUCGCCGGUCUGAUUGUCGUUGCAAUCAAUUCCGCCUCCGAUGCGGCGCGCAACGGCAAUCUCAUGGAGCUCGAUGCGAUUGCGGCAGCCGUGGUCGGCGGCGCACUGUUGCAAGGCGGCAAAGCGCCGAUCUUCGGUGCCAUUCUCGGCGCAGUCAUCAUCCAGCUCGUCAAAUACACAUUGCUGGCCAACGGCGUUGAAGACGAGGUCGCGCUCAUCGCCAAGGCCGCGAUCAUCCUGGCUGCCGUCUACAUCCAGCAAGCGCGAAAGGAAUAG